AUGACUCAAGCAAAUAUGAAGAGCACAUAUUCUUCAACGGAAAUCCAAAAGUUGGAGCAUGAUUACGCUGCUCACAACUACCACCCUUUGCCAGUUUGUUUUUCCAAGGCUGAGGGCGCUAAAGUAUGGGAUCCUGAAGGAAAGGAGUAUUUGGACUUUCUCUCGGCUUACUCCGCUGUCAAUCAAGGACAUUGCCAUCCCAAGAUCGUUGGUGCUUUAAUAGAGCAAGCUCAACGUGUCACUUUGAGCUCUCGUGCAUUCUACAAUGAUAAGUUUGGUCCUUUUGCCAAAUAUACCACUGAAUACUUUGGCUAUGAGAUGGUUAUUCCCAUGAACACUGGUGCUGAAGCCGUUGAAACUGCCUGCAAACUUGCACGUCUUUGGGGUUACAAGCAAAAGAAGAUUGCCGAUAACGAGGCCAUUAUCCUCUCCUGUGUCGAUAACUUCCAUGGUCGUACAAUGGGCAUCAUUUCUAUGUCCACUGACCCUGAAGCCCGUGAUAACUACGGUCCCUACUUGCCAAAUGUCGGCCCUAAAGUCGAGGGUUCUGACCGCGUCUUGCGUUACAACAACUUGGACGACUUAAAGUUCUUCCUUGAAAACUAUGGCCCUAGAGUUGCUGGUUUCUUAGUUGAACCUAUCCAGGGUGAAGCCGGUGUUGUUGUUCCUGAUGAUGACUACUUGAGAACUGCUUACGAAUUGUGCAAGGCUCAUAAUGUCUUGUUUAUCGCAGACGAAGUCCAAACCGGUAUUGCUCGUACGGGUAAGAUGCUUUGUAUCGAACACUCUGGUGUCAAGCCAGAUAUGGUUAUUCUCGGAAAGGCUAUUUCUGGCGGUGUUUACCCCGUCAGUGCCGUACUCUCAUCCAAGGAAAUUAUGCUCAACUUUGAACCCGGUACCCACGGAUCCACUUAUGGUGGUAAUCCUCUUGGUGCUGCUGUAGCCCUUGCUGCCUUACAGGUUGUCAAAGACGAAAACUUGGUCGAACGUGCUGCAGUAUUGGGUAAAAAGUUUCGCAAUGCUCUCAAUGACUCCAAGUCUCCUCUUCUUCAAGUCGCUCGUGGUCGUGGUCUCUUGAAUGCUAUCGUCAUUGACGAAACCAAGGCUAAUGGCCGUACAGCCUGGGACUUGUGCUUGAUUAUGCGCUCCCGAGGUGUAUUGGCCAAGCCAACUCAUGGAAAUAUCAUUCGCCUUGCUCCUCCCUUGGUCAUCUCUGAAGAGGACCUGAUGAAGGGCGUUGAAAUCAUCAAACAAGCUUUGGUUGAACUCCCAACCAUCGAUAUGACUCCCUUCGCAGAGAACCCAAUUCAUUGA